AUGGCGAUUUCAGACUAUGCAGCAGCAUUAAUUGAGAAAUUGACUUCAUGUCCUGCUCUAGAAGCCCCCAGUAAUGGAAGGAAGUUUGGCUCCAAGUACUUGGCAGGACAUGAAGUACACUUCACAUGCCCUCCAGGCUACCACCUGGUGGGGUCAGGUACCAGAGUGUGCAUGGAAAAUGGCAGCUGGAGUGGACUCAGUGUUUUAUGUAAAGGUAUGUUUCAGUGUGCUAGUAACCCAUGUGUGAAUGGUGGAAUCUGUGUUGAAGGACUCAAUAAAUGCAGGUAGAAAUGCACAUGUCCGCCAAACUGGAGUGGAAACCUAUGUCAGCAACAAACACAAGCAGCCCCUCCAGAGUGGAGUGUUGUAAAUGACCCAUCAUUUAGCCGCAAACCACGCUGUGCUAUAGUGGAAGCUCAACACUGCAGUUGUGAUGCAGGCUUUCAUAUGAGAGGCACCUCCCACAGCAGCAUCUGCCACAUCUCCAGCAGCCAGCCACAGUCAAAAUCUCUCUUCAUCUUUGGCACAGUGGGAGAACUGAUCCUUGUUCAGCCACUACUUGGGCCACAGGAGCUUAGUUUGGAUGUGGAUAUUAGGGUAAUAGUAGUUUUUGGCUUCAAGUAA